AUGGCGAGCUCCGACAAGCGCCGCGCCGCCACGUCGUCUCACGCCGCCCGCUCAUCCGCCUCUUCUCGGAGUAGCAGCAUCAUAGCGCCGCCGCCGCGCGCCCAAUUGGGAAACCCGCCACCCUCCUCGUCUUCCCCGGGGCCGGAGAACGACGGCAACGACGCGGGCAGCAUCAAGGAGGGCAGCAUCAAGGAGAAGGAGUCGGCCGCCGCGCUGCUCAAGGAGAAGGACGACAAGAUCGCCGAGCUCAAGCGCGGGCUGCUGGAGGUCGAGGCCGAGUUCGCCCGCCAGGUAGAGCGCCUGAGCCAGAACGAGAGCGAGACGGCCGCCUUCUGGCAGGCCAAGCACUCGAACCUCAACCAGCAGUUCCUGCGCACCGACACGGAGCUGCGCCUGCUGAGGGCCGAGAUCGACGUCCGCGAGGGCGAGCGCGAGGAGCUCAAGGAGGGCUGGGACCUGCUCAAGCGCGAGAUCAAGGCGCGCGACGACGAGAUCCGCAGGCUCAGGGGCGACCUCGUCGGCUUGAAGAAGUGGCUGAGCACCAACACCCGCUCCGACGAGCAGGAGAGCGAUGACCUGUUUGGGAGCGACAUGACCAGGCUUGGGAACGGGCUGCAGGAGUGGGCUAUCAAGCACUUCAGGAGGGCUAAACUUGAUCUAUCAAAGGCAAGCCAACCUGUUGUUCACGAACUCUCGCAAUUAGUGCCAAUGUACCAGGAGCUAGCAUCCACUGCCAAGCUGCCAUUGCUACAGUCAAUCAUCUCGGCCAUCCUUGUGGAGAUGAUAUUCAGUGCCUACUUUGUAGGCCUGUCGAAAGAUCAAGCAACACAGUUUCAACGGACAGAGGAGUGUUUGGCCUCUCUGAGCGGGGAUGAAAACGCAAACCAGUGGCGCGCUACUACAUUGACCAUGAUUAGAAAGGAGGCCACGCAAAAGCUGCAAGGCGAGACGAAUGCCAUCACCGAAGAUGUCAUCUCGAAAGGCAAUCGAAUUUUAGGCUCCAUCACAGAUGCCAACACGACAGACGCGCGAGAUCAAGCACUGCGCGUGCUUGUGACUAGUUCGAUCGACUUGGCUCGGAGGUUAGCGGUGCAGAAAGCCGUGUUUCAGGUAACGAUGCCACAGAUCUUACCUCAUCAGAAGAUUAUAUUCGAUUCCACAGAGAUGGAAGAUAUUGGUGGCGAGGACGAGGAUAGCCUCACAGCAAGAGAAAUAUGUUGUGUAACGUUUCCCGGCAUCGUGAAAUCUGGGGACGAACAUGGGAGCCAUCCACAAUUCCGAAAUAUAGUGGCGAAAGCCAGGGUGCUUUGUAGCCCGGAAUGA